AUGUGGUUGGCUAUGCUGCUGCUGCUGCUGCUGCCGCUGCAGUGUCUGGGCGACAUGGUGGUGGAUGACAUAUGGAACGCCUUCAGGGCUGUGACCAAUGACAGCGCCUUGCUGGAGCACCUGAUACCGGAAAUGUACGGCGCCAGCAUGACAAAUGCGAAUCCAAGCUUCACAUUCAAAAUGCCCAACGAGCAGCUGUUGACAAUGCAGCGAUCCGAUUUUGCGGCACCAAUCUUUCCGAAUAUCACAAAGCAGCCGCAGAUAAUUGUGGAGGGCAACACGCAUGCGGUCAAGUCCAGUUCGGGGGCAUGGCAGCAGCUGGGUCUGCCGGGCUGGACGGGCGAGCUGGAGCGUCCGGCGGGCUGGCUGGAGCAGACGCACAGGGAUGCAGCACAACAAAAACAACAGGAGCCACAGUUAAGCUACCCGCUGCCGGAUUAUCCACGCACUGAGAUUUUACUUGACCUAAAGGGCCAACAGCUGGAUGGACGCGUCACGGACAUACGCGUCAUAGCUGCCAAUCCGGCGGAGGCGCAACGCGAGGAUCUGCUGAAUGCACAGAAUGUGUACAUUGCGCGCGCCAACGAUCCCUUCGGCUACUCCAUGAAGUGGGCCUGGAGCAAUGAGACGCAGCGGGGCAAACGGGACGUGGCCAAGCUCUACUCGAUGAUCAAGUGCUCCACCAACUGUGAUCCGUUGAUCUACAAGGGCUACGGCUGCUAUUGCGGCUUUGGGGGUCACGGCGUGCCCAACGAUGGCAUCGAUCGCUGUUGCCGGCUGCACGACAAGUGCUAUGGCCAGAGCAACUGCAUCUCCUACCUCGAGUACUUUGUGCCCUAUGUGUGGAAAUGCUAUCGCGGCAAGCCGCUGUGCGCCAUCGAUCACGGCGAGUGGGGUGGCCCGGACUCGUGUGCGGCCCGGCUGUGCCAAUGUGAUCUGAGGCUCUCCCGUUGUCUGCGCAAGUUCUAUUGCCCGAACCGACGCGCCAUUUGCCGCUCGUCGCGCACCAGAAGACUCCAAAAUCUGAUAUACUUUGAUUAA